CCUCACUCCGCGCAAACCAUACUACAAAAUCCAGCUUCGUAUUGAUUGAAUAUACGUCGGGAUCUUCACCGAUCUCUUGUAUUCAGCAUACGGAUUUGCCUUUUCCAAAAUGGCCCCAAACACGAAACGGCGCAAAGUUGAAGACGAUGCUUCGUCCGACUCCGGCUCGGACGCUUCUGCUUCUCCCUCUCCCGAACCUCAGCCCCAAGCGGAUAAUGGCAACGAAGUGAAGACAUUCAGCGAACUCGGCAUUAUCGAACAGUUGUGCGAUGCAUGCACAGCCCUUGGAUACACCAAACCCACGCCCAUCCAAGCGCAGGCAAUCCCGACCGCGUUAGAAGGGCGAGACAUCAUCGGACUGGCAGAAACCGGUAGCGGCAAGACAGCAGCCUUCGUUCUCCCGAUCCUCCAAACCCUCAUGGAAGCCCCCCAGGCCUUCCACUCGCUCAUCCUGGCCCCGACCCGUGAACUUGCCCAGCAAACCGCGCAAGCCGUUGAGGCUCUCGGCUCCCUGAUCUCGGUACGAUGCACACUGUUAAUCGGAGGCGUGGACAUGGUGUCGCAGUCGAUCUCGCUCGGAAAGAAACCACAUGUCAUCGUCGCCACGCCGGGUCGUCUGCUCGACCACAUGGAAAACACAAAGGGAUUCUCGCUGCGACAGCUGAAGUUCCUCGUCUUGGACGAGGCCGACCGUCUCUUGGACCUGGACUUCGGGCCCAUCCUCGACAAAAUCCUCAAGAUCAUCCCGAAGCCCAACCGUCAGACCUACCUCUUCUCCGCGACCAUGUCCAGCAAGGUCGAGUCGCUGCAGCGCGCGUCGCUGACGAACCCCGUGCGGAUCUCCAUCUCCAGCAAGAACCAGACGGUGUCGACGCUCGUGCAGUCGUACGUGUUCAUGCCGCACAAGUUCAAGGACCUCUACCUCAUCCACAUCCUCAACGAGCACGCGGGCCAGACAGGCGUGAUCUUCACGCGCACCAUUCACGAGACCCAGCGUCUGACGUUCAUGCUGCGCAACCUCGGCUACGGCAGCAUCCCCAUCCACGGACAGCUGUCGCAGAGUGCGCGUCUGGCGUCCAUCACCAAGUUCCGCGCCCGUGCGCGCAACCUGCUCGUCGCGACGGACGUCGCAGCGCGCGGUCUCGAUAUCCCCUCCGUCGACUUCGUUCUCAACUACGACCUGCCGCAGGACAGCCAGACGUACAUUCACCGCGUGGGGCGGACAGCGCGAGCGGGACGGAGCGGGCUGGCCCUCUCCCUGGUCACGCAGUAUGACGUAGAGGUGUGGCUGCGGAUCGAGAAGGCGCUGGGCAAGAAGCAGGAUGAGAUGAAGAUCGACAAGGACGAGGCGAUGGUGUUUGCGGAGCGGGUCGGCGAGGCGCAAAAGGCUGCUGCGAUCGAGAUGCGCGAUCUCCAGGAGAGGGGCGGGAGGGGGCAGAUGCGGGUCCCCAGGGGGGGCAAGAGGUCUAGGGAGGAUAUGGACCAGGACCGGGGUUAA